AUGGCUGGUGGACCCAAGAAAUGUUUGUCUUUGAUUGGAUUCAGUCUUAUCUGUCUUAAAAUGGUUGCUUCAGCAAAAACAGCUCCUGAAAUACCCACUAUUGAUCAGGCAUAUUCAAAAAUCAGCAACAGUAUCACUGUGGAAUGGGCUAUAGUGCCAGGGGCCACCAGUUACCUCCUCACUGCAAAAGAUGGUGACACUGUUAUUGAAACCAUGGUGGCCAAUUCCCCAGGCACUGUGACAGGCCUGAAGGCUGCCACCUUGUACCAAAUCACUGUCAGAUCCAUCAGCGCCGCUGGGAGAAGCCAGGCAUCACCUCCAAAACAAGCAAAGACAGUGUUGGCUGCACCAAUUCUAGAAGUAAGCUCUCCAAGUCCAGACUCUAUUCUUGUGCAGUGGGAAGCUGUAUAUAUGGCCAUUGGAUUCUCUGUGUCCAUCAUGCGAGCCAAUGGUUUGGGCAGAAUAUGGAAAGAGAAUACCACAAACACCACGUUGACAUUCACCAGCUUAGACGCCGGGACUCUCUAUACCAUAAAGGCCUAUGCGUGGAAUGCCAAUGGAACCCCUGGGGAUGACUCCACCUGCAAUCAGAGAACAAGUCCUCGUGCUCCUGCCAACAUUCAAGUCUCAUUUGACAGUGGGGCUCUGCAGGCAUCUGUUUCAUGGGCACCGACAGAAGGCGCGUUCAACUACACCGUGAUGGCUUUAAGCGGCUCUUCUGAGCUGAGCUGUAGCACGGUGUUCAGCUCCUGCAUCAUUUCCUCUCUCCAAUGCGGAACACGGUACCUGAUUUCAGUUUUAGCAAGUAACGAUGCAGGAUCUAGCGGAUCAGCUUCAGCAGUGACCCUGAAAACCGUUGCCUGUGCACCUGGAAGAGUGACAAUCCAAGAAGAUCCCCCAGGCCACCUGUCUGUGUCUUGGUCCAAUGUAGAUCUGGGUGAUUACUAUGUGGCCUUUGUGAAGAGUGAUGAUGGCUUGGAAGUACACUGCAACACAUCCCUCACUCAGUGCAACUUCUUAUCUGAAUGUGGCUUCACUUACUUUAUCAGUGUUUUCGCCUAUAACAAGGCAGGGCAGAGUCCCUUGGGCGAUGUGUUCAAUUAUACCACAGCUCCCUGUUGUCCGAGUGACGUUAACCCCGUGUUGGUGUCCAGUGACAGAGUAGAGAUCGUCUGGUCUCCUGUUCGUGGUGCCGAACUUUACGAAACCAAGGCUGUCGAUGGGUCCAGCGUACUCGAGUGCACGGACACUGCUCCUGCUUGCACCCUCUCAGCCCUGGUGUGUGACACCGAGUACAACAUCACAGUGCAUUCGUACAGCGAAGUCCGGGGCAGCAAUAAGUCCUGUACGUCCCGAUUUAUAACCACAGCUCCUUGCAGUCCCGAAAUCAAAAAUGUUUCAGAGGAUGCUUUCUCCAUGAUUAACGUGCACUGGCAAUCCAGCAAUGACGGCGCCACUUACACGGUGACUGCGCAGGGGGAGAAGGGGCGGUACGGGUGCAGCAGCGCGGGAGAGUCCUGCACCAUGCGGGGCUUGCCCUGCGGCUCGCUGUUCUCUGUCACCGCGGUGGCCGAGACACAGGCCGGACGGAGCCCACCCAGCUACAGCGUGCCGCUGGAAACAGUACCGUGCUGUCCAGCUGGUCUGACAGUAACUCAGGUCACCCAAUCAGUAGUCAACGUGAGUUGGACUGUUGGAACCGGGGCUCAGACAUAUGUGACAGUUCUGGAGUCACACACUGGCCAGUCUAAGUGUCACACCCAUCAAAACCACUGCCUCUUGGGAUGCAUCACAUGUGGCAUCAAUUACACAGUGGCGUUAAAAGCAGUUAGUGCCACCGGAUUGACUGCGGACUGCACCUAUCAAAGUUAUUCCUCUAGUGCCUGCUGCCCUUUGGGAGUGAAAUUAUAUAGGCUGGGCCCUAAUGGCAUCCGGAUCUACUGGCAGAUUGCCAGGGGCUCUGCCAAUUACAGCACUGACCUCUAUGGUUCCAAAGGCAUUUUCACAUGUGCCCCAAGCACUGGCCUCAGUUUCUGUGACGUCACCGAGAUACCUUGCGGGGAUGUAUAUACUGUGAUGGUCUCACCAGUUGCUGAGACAGGACUGAAGCUUACCUUCUGUCCGAAAAAAAUAUAUUCAGUAACCUGCUCUGGAAGCACACUUGGAAUGGUGAUUUACAGAGGGAAGAGAAAUGCAGAAAGACAUACUAAGCCUCUGAUGACAACAGAAACUUGACCAAAGUUGUCUCAAUCAUUAGUGCGAUUAGAGAUGGAAAAGAUCUAUUAGAAUACAAAAUGCGUCUAGGAUAGGACAAGCUCGUAGGCCUUUCAAAGAACAGCUCUGUCUCCACUUCCCCAGGACAAGGU